AUGGAGUUUGAUAGUGAGGAAGGGGCAUAUGAUUUUUCCAAUGCAUGUGGUGGUCGAAUUGGUUUUAGCAUCCGGAAGGAGUAUGGCAAUAAAGUUAAUGGAAGAAUUACAUCGAGGGUGUUUGUUUGUAGCAAGGAAGGUGUGAAGGGGAUUGACAAACGGGAUGUAUUUAGAAAGACUCCCCAGGCUGAAACACGAACCAAAUGUGGUGCACGAAUGGUUAUUUCUGGUGGCAAAGAAUCAGUUGGGUACUUGAAAGUGGAUCUUAAAAAUUAUCGAAGGACGCAAAGACAAAAGGAGCUUCUUUAUGGAGAGGCGGCAUGGCUUGUGGAUUAUUUUGAGACGCGUGGUUGUGAAGAUCCUUUAUUCUUCUAUUCCUUGAAAUUGGAUACUGAGCAAAUGAUUACGAACAUAUUCUGGUCAGAUUGUAAAAUGAACAUUGAUUAUGGCCAGUUUGGAGAUGUUAUCAGUUUCGACAUAACGUAUAAAGUAGUACACGGCAACAGACCAUUUGCAAUUUUCUUGGGUAUGAAUCAUCACUGGGAGACCGCUGUAUUUAGAGCAGCCUUAAUGUAUGAUGAGACAGCGGAUUCGUUUGUCUGGUUAUUUGAAACGUUCUUGAAAGCGAUGGGUAGAAAAGCGCCAAAGACAAUUAUUACGGAUCAAGACGCUACAAUGGCGAAGGCAUUAAAGCAGGUCAUGCUGGUGACAAAGCAUCAUUUAUGUGUUUGGCACUUAAUGAAUAACGCGCAGAAGAACCUACUGUUUCUGUUUAAACACGUUGAAGGAAUAAAGAAGGUCAUCUCAAAAUUAAUGUUCCAAAUUGAGAAAGGGGAUGAUUUUAUCAGGGAAUGGGAUUUAAUGAUUACAGAGUAUGGUGUUGCUGGUAAUAAGUGGCUUUCCACUUUAUUGUUGUCCGACAAGUGGUACAAAGAGUAUGAAGCCGAGUAUGGCUUGGUGGAGAGUCAACCGGAACUAAAAAUAAAGUGCCACAUAUUACGUCAAGCGGGGAAGGUGUACACCAAAGUAAUAUUUCAACUUUUCCAGGAGGAGUUUUUAGCCGCUCUUGCGAGUCAGGCUGUUAUUAGUUGCACUAACUUGGAUAAAAAUGGACAUCGUGCUUAUAAAGUUGCUGGUGAGGAUGGGGUGCAACAUCAUACUGAUAUUGGCGAUCCAGCCAUGUUGUCAUCUCAACUGUUCAGUACGCCCUCUUCAUAUGAUGAAUCAAGUGCUCAUCAUUUGGGAGGUGAUGAGAGGUUGGUGACGAGGGUGGAACGGCGCCUGAGAAAGCUUGAAGAGCUGUGGAACGCCGAGUCUGAUGACGACAUGGUCGUCGAAGUUCUCAACUAUUCUGAUGCCACAAGUGAUGAUGGAACUUGA